AUGAAGUCUGCGGUCGUCUUUGGUUUCGUCACCUUUGGUGCACUGGUGACCACUCAAGCCGUCCAGUCAAAGCCAUUCAAUUUGGUCCUACAGUCCGACAAGGAGGAUCUCAACGGCCGUGCCUUGGCUACGUGUCACACGGGCGCCGCUGUUGAAUCAAUUUGCGUGCUCCAGGACAGAAGAGCCGUUUUCCACCUCAACACCACCCAAGGUGGCCAGGCCGGCCCCGGCGGUAUUCCCGGUAUUCUGACUUGGACUUUGCCAACCCAGCCACCGACCCCUUCCAGCAUGUCCUUCUACACGGAUCCGUCUACCAAUGUCGCCCUUCCCCUAUUCUAUCCUGGAGCCAGCAACGUUCGGUACGUCGGCUUCGAUGACGACAACCUCAUGAACAUUGUCAGCUACCUCGACGAUACGAAAUCACCACCCGACGGCCAGACACCGCACGUUCUAAAGCGAUGGUACGUUUGCACCACGUACAACAUGGGCUACACCUACCAGACUCUUACCUGGGUCUUGGGCAACGCAAAUCCACAGAAUCCCAGCUGUGCAAGUGUCAAUGUCAAGAGAAAGUUUGUUUAG